AUGAACUGGGUCGGGGGCAGUCGGAGCAGACUCAUAUUAAGGCAGGAAAGGAGAAAGCAAAAGGAAUACUUUGAAAAGAAGAAACUUGAAUCAAAGAUGAACCUUCUGGGAUUAUCAUCUCCUAAAACAUCAGCAGUCAGUUUAGAUCUUCUUAAUCUAUAUGUGGUCAACCAGAUAUCAACCAAAAAAGAAAAAACUGAGAACACAAGGAAGCCAGUCCAUGUUGAUAUCACUCGAGAUGCAAAAAUACCUGUUAGGAGACACAACUUGGAGCUUCCCAUGUCACCCCCACGUACACAGCAUAAGUCAAACUUAGAUGAUCUCCAGAACAGGUUACAAAAGCAAGUGUUGGACAGCAGGAGACAGCAUCUCUUAGAGAAAGUAAAAUACCAGCAUAAUUUAUCACAAGUAACUGAAUCAGCGUGUGUUGACUCCAGUGUGGAAUAUGAAGACAAUGUAGCAAGAACUUUUAGUUCUUGUCCAUUGUCCUCUUCUGGUUUUUGGCCCUCUAACUGUACACAGCCUUCAGAAGAAAAUUUCAACAUGAACCUAAUGGGCAACAUUUCGGAACAGACCUAUGAAGGAAAGAUGCAAAACCAGCCCAGAAAAGGUUUUGGUCAAGACCCAUGGAAUACAAAACCUCCAAGCCAGUGUAUUUACAGGAAGUCAGAUAAAGUGCCUCAGGAACUGUUUGAGCCACUGCAUAGGCUGGCCCCUAUGAAUUCUGCCAGGAAAAAUCCAGUGAUAAUGACCAGUAGUGAAUCAGAAAACUGUGAAGGAAUAAAAGAACAAAUAUUUGAUGUUGUGAAAGAAACUGCAAAACCAAAAGUUCCCCAAGAUGGAAGUAGCUGUUGCUUUCUGUCACUGUUUGGAGAUGAGAGCCAACCAAUCCAUAAUAAUUCUUCCACAAAGCAUUUUAAUCCUUUUGUUGACCAAAACAGUACUGACAUUUUCUUCAGUGUUCCCAAUGUUGUGAAUCAAAUGACCAACAAGAAUUAUCCUUAUGACACUGGAGAAGCUUAUUCUGCAAUCAAUUCAAAAAGAAGUUCUGUAGACAGACACCUUGAAGGCAUUUUCACAGCUCCAGAACAGAUUUUCCUUAAAAGUGACAGUGCUGCAAGUGCAAGCUACAAGGGAACCAGUGGACUUAACAAAACCCACCUGCAGUUCUGUCAUGAGGGACAGCACUACUUCAGAACCCCAGAACAGAAAGAAAAACCUGCAAACCUUGGAAAAAUAGAUACAUUUGCUUAUCACCAUGAUCAGCAGAUCAACUUGAAGGAGAAUGUGCAGAAUUAUCCAAGAAAAAACAGUGAUGACAACUCUGUGAGAGAAACAGGCUGGAGACAGAACCAGCUCUUUGGACUUGAAGAGACUAUAUGCUGUCAUUCCACAUGUGGACAGAGGGAGGGGAGUCAGCAGGAUGUGGAGCCACCACUCAGCAGUGAGUCGCACAGUUACUCUCCAAGGCAGGCAGAGAGCUCUUUGAGCUCCAUCCCUGACACGUCUGAAGAGAAAGACACAGCCAAAAGGAAGGAAUAUCUGAGUGAGCAGUCCUUGAAGACACGUGAUGCCAAUCAGUUCUCAGCCUCAGCAAGCACAGCGGCCACCAAGAGCUCUCACACCAGAACUGUGCCUCCCCAGCCCAGCAGUAGUUCGGCUAGAGAAGAAGCAAAUCAUCUUCAGGAGAAAGACUCUCCUUUCUGUGCCACAGAGGAUGAAAACAAAACCCACACUGCCCCAUCUGAGGGCAGCUCAUCACAGCAAGCCGUGAAGAGAGAGGAUGUCACUCUUAGCACCAGGCGUGAGGUUUGGUCGCAGACCGAGUGCUCUGUGACAGAAGUAGAGAAGGCAGAUGUGGCCACGCAGUGUGUCACCAUGCGGGUGUGUGGCUGUGGGGGGUCCCUCCCCCCUGCCUGCAGCCCCGGGCGGGUCCCUCCUCCCAGCGCCGCCGGAGGGCACAAACCGCCAGCCCCGGAGUCACUGCAGCCCGCGGGCACCGGCAGCGCCGUUAUAUUCUUCUAA